AUGAGCGAAAGGAAAGAAGAAACACAAUUUCAAGGGAGAGAAUUUAAAAGACAGGAGUAUAAUAAUAAAAAAACCCCUAUAAGGAGAAUACAGACACCUAAGAGAAAUAAAGAUAUAAAAAUGAGAGAGAAUUAUGAUAACUAUCCCAAUAACUAUGGAUAUCGCUACCAAAAUCCUCAUACAUACAAAAUUUGGGAAAAUAAAAAAAUCCCCUAUUGGCAACAAAAAGAACAAAGAAAGAGGGAUUAUUAUGAUAGAGAGAGAUCGGAAAGGAGAAGACCCCAGAGGAAUGAAAAACGAGAAAGAAGAUAUGAACCGAGACAAGAAAAAGAGAGAUAUAACACCAAUUACCAAUAUAACCGCUACAGAACAGAAGAACCGAUUAAAACAGGCAAUCGAUUCCAAGUAUUAGAUGAAUAUGAAGAUCAGGAUUUUUGGACGAGCAAGGACAGAGAAAGACACAAACGGGAGGAAGAACACCCAAAUAUUACUCACCUAAAUAUUACUUAUCCAAAAAGAAGAAGAAAUUCGAGUCUAGAGGCACGAGAGGAGGAAAACACACCCAAGAAAGAAAGAAGAGAAAGGAUAUCCAGAAAUCCACAUCUAUGA